AUGGUACUCAGUGGUUUUUAAAAAAUUAAUCUACUAAAUUUAAAAGUUUCCUUUCAUCUGUCACAGAAUUGUUUUUAAUUUAUGCUUUUGCCGUUUGAAAUUGUUAAUUAUCGAAUGACGAAGUAAUGAUGUUUUAUGACAUUCCUGACAACGCUGGCGAUCCUUGGAUUAUUCAGUGAUGAGUGAUCAUUAUAGUUUUUAAAAUAUUUUUUUAGAUGGUAAAUCGCAGAUAGUGUGACUACAGUCACUCUAACCGUUGGCCACUCUAGACAGUGUUGAAUAUUGGCCAGGCUUUUCUACAAGAAUCAAAGUUUUACUUCCAGAAGCAUGACAACUAUUUGAGACAUCCGGUCAAUAUUUCUCAUGUGUCAUAAUAUGAAAUUAAAAUUCGGAAUAAUAUUUCACUAAUUUAUGAGAGCAAAACGUGGACACUCAAACAUUCAGUUAUUCGCAUUUCAAAAGGAAACUCUCGUCUUUGUUGACUUCAGUUAAGGUACGUAUGGCAUAAUUACCGAAGUAAUCUCUUGUCUGUGGGGAUAUCAUGCACUGGCAUAUAGCUUUCGUGCUAUGCGCAGUUGUAAACAUGCAUGUAAAAUUAUAAGUGUAUGUUUUAAUGUUUAUGGCACAAUUAUUUCUUGGCACUGCAACAAAAUUAAGUACUCGCAAUAAUCUGUAGCCUGUAGGGUACGUAAUCACUAACUAGGCUUAAUAAGAAACAUUAGCAGUAUACAGAUACAGUAGGUUUAGUAUCAUGCCAGUGAUGCUGCCAUGCUGUGCGUUGUGUAUAAAACGUAUAUGUCUAUACAUAAAUACAUUACUGUUUAUAAUACUGAAAGCGUUUCUUGAAUUCACUCUCUACACUUGCGCCUGUUCAUUGUUACAUGUAUUUGCCUGUCAGUUUGCGCUGCGCCUAACUCAGCCAUAUUAAAGAUAAAUUAAAGGUAACAGUCUGGCAUGUCAUCCGCUGAGUUGCCAAAAUUGGCUCUAAUUUCAACAUCUAAACAUCGUAUUAUAUUCGUUGUCACAAAAUCUUUUAAAUAAUUACCGCUUCAUGUAUUAUAAUUUUUCGAAUAAACAACAGUACAAGUUCCAGGAUAUUUCUGGUAGAUGAAAUGCGAGUUAAGUGUAACUGUAAGCUGUUGAUGUCGUUACUCGUUAUGGGGAAUUUCGUUACGACUCGCUACCCUCAAUCUUGACAUGCAAUGAUUGAAAUAUUUCUUUGUGUGAUACUAAUCACCACAUGUCAUGUUAUGAUAAUAUUUAUUGACACUGAGACAUUAAUAUUUACAGUUAAAUUUGGGGGAAAUAUGCAUUUAAAUAUUGGCUCAAAGCAUAGUUAGUGUCGCCAUAUGAUAUAUUGGCACGAUUAUAAUGGCAAAGCGUCUCUUCCGCCGAAGCAUUGUCUAUUAAUGAAAGACUUUACGUUAUAGGACCCUCGCCCACGCCUUUCAGGAUUUUCACAAAUUGUCGCUUCAUGAUUUACGAUGGACACUUUGUACGUAGGACCAAUCACCAAACGAGAAUGGAGUGCACGCGUGUUGGCAGUCAGGCGACUUGGUUAGUUCUGCAUGUACUAUGUUUAAAAGUUAAAACAUAGUUGGAGCACUCGUGUGAAACCUUUAUUUUGUCUAUAAUCGUGACUGCCAACUCUUUUCAACUCUCAUGAAUUCCGUUUGACUAGGGAUUUUUAAAUCCCUAACACUUAAAAGUGUUCGUUGCCAUAAGAUCCAUGGCCUCUUUUAUCAUAUACAUGUAGACUGUGGGGGGGGGGGGAGGCUUCCCCCCCCAGCCCUCUUACUGAAAUAAAUUAGAAACACAAAAAAACCCUGAAAUAAAUACUUGCGAGGCUUACGUUGACAUUCGAGUAAACUUUAUAAACAGUGUAAAAAACGAUCUCCCUACUAAUGAGACAAACGUAAACGAACCAACUUUAUCAGUUGACAUAAUGAAGUCAACUGCUGGUGACACCAUCCUGAAAUUAUCGAAAUAUAUUUUUUCGUGUUUUGAGGAAAGACUUAAACAACUUGAAGCCGGGAAUGCUGGUAGUCAUUAGUUAAACUUUCCAUCCUGUAUCUUUUUAUAUGUUACAUUGUUACGUUAUAGUUUUAACUAUAAGCUUUAGCAAUACCUGUAAAAUAUGGUCAUGCUAAUAUUAAUAAAGCGAUUAUCAAUAUACUGGCCCCUCCAGUCGGCAAUUUUGCCUUCCCCCCCCGCCAGUGAGGUCCCUAAGAAUUACCUGCAGUAGGUGGUCAUCCAGCUUAUAUAUCAAAGUGAGAUAAUGAUGUUAAGUUGUUAACAUUUCUGAAUUUGACCAUCAUCUGCAGGCCCGUAACUAGCUAUAAAUCAACCGAGUCAGUUGACUUGGUAGGCCAGAAUUUGGGGACUGAAAUUUAAACAUCGCCAGAAACCUAAACCAUGACUGAAAUAAUGUGCUCGUGGAACAAGGCAUGAAAUGGCAUUUUAGGACGAAAUUCUAGUAUAGUUUUUCCACGCAAAGAUACUCCAAUGAGACCACCUUAUCUUGCUCUUUGAACAGUGACACUGAGAAAACGAAUGCGUCGAUUUCAAGUACCCCAAUACAUGCAUGUAAUACAGUACUGUAGAAUUUGAAGUGUGGUGAAUGAUAAUAAUAUACCACGUACAUUUUCAUUACUGCAUCAUCACAUCAUGCUGCCUUAUUGGGACUGGAUUACAUUUGCCGAGACUGUGAAAUUGAAGUAAUUAAUUGUGUCACUGUUUAUAAGGUUAAUUUCUUGUUGGAAAACUCAUCAAAAGGCUGGAAAUAGCUUAUCUGAGCUUCAAGAAAUCCAAAAUUUUCUGAGGGGAGGCCUGCCCCUAGACCCCCUAGAAGCUCGCACCUGUCUCAGUUACGGCCUGAUCUGCUGCCCUAUGACGUAUACUUAUUAGUUAAACCAUGCAUAUAUAUGCUGAUAGCUGCAGUGAUACAGACUUGCCAACUGGAACUUCUCCAGGUCCCCCGCUAAAUAUGUCCGCUCCAGUUAUACGCAUCCUUAAAAUAGGCCCUGAUAAAAUCGCCUAAAUGUACAUGCAUGGUUUAUGUAAUAUACUAAUGGUUCUUGCGACCCCGCUGAUCACUAUGAUUCGUUGAUAUUUAGCCGUAUAUUGGUUGAUAGUAAAGAGUACAGACUACUGAUAGUAUUGGCUGAUAUUUAGCGUAAAACAAAAGAGUAGAGCCAUCACCGCUAUGUUGCAUGAAAUUGCAGUCAUAUGGUAUAAUGCAUAUUAGUAGCGUCAACGCUAGUAGCGUGGUACACAAUUGGUCGAAGAAAACAAAAAAUACCAAUGUAUUCCUUCUUUUCCACUAAGAAUAUUCCACUUUUACAGAGUAUUCUACAAUAAGACAAAAAAUUUCUUAGUCAUGAAAGCAUGGUCAAGACUUGGAUAAUCUUAGAAAGAAAUAUUUAAAUGUACUAUAUAGUUUCGUACAGUUUUGUUCUAACUUAGUUAAUUUCGUAAUUUUGUAAGUAAUAUUUUGUCCUAUCGAACACGUUAUAUAUUCAAAGUUAUAUUGCAGUAAUGUUCGUAAAAUAGUUUAUAGACUUUAUGAAUACUUUAUAAUUUAUAUAAUUUGGUAAGCGAAGAGCCACUCUGUGGAUAUAUUACCAAUAAAUCAUUAUUAUUAUUAUUAUUAUUAUUAUUAUUAGUAUUAUUAUUAGUAUUAUUAGUAUUAUUAGUAUUAUUAUUAUUAAAAACCAUUCGCAGAUAUCUGAUUAAUAACAAAUUAAAUUUUAAUAUAUAGUUUUGUCGUUUUGUUCUAAAAUGCAUGCGUUUGUUUUUACGUAAUGCACCGCCGUUCCAUUACGGAAAAAUAAUGGCCGCUGAAAGUGCUUAUCAGCCAAUCACAGUCCGCCAUUUCACCGGAAGUAAUGCUUGCCAUAUAAUAAAUAUUCUUAUUACACUGUAGUUACAUCGUUAUGGUUGUGAGUACCAAUCCUCUCUUAUUUAUAACGGAAUGUUCAAAACAGUUGACCGAUGAAAUAGCGGAAGAAAACUAUGGCUUGGAUUCCUGUAAGUACGAUGAAUGUUAAUACUGUAUGCAAAACAUUCCGCCUACUGCAUUCCGACUACUUUAAAAAUAGUCAAAUUAUUUGACAUAAUUUAGCAUAGGCGUACAAAACGGGAGUUGGUAAAGUUUUACGUUUGGGCAAAUUUUAAACCUAAGUUGGGCAGAAAGAAGGAGGACAGAAAUAAAUAUAUAAUGUGGCCAAAAAUGUUAAGCCUGUCGAAAAUUUUGCACCGACCCCAAGUUUAGUCGUGACAUUUUUUUUAUUGGUACGUCGCGCAUAAUACUAGAAAGUUGCGCAUUUCUUUCUGGCCCCCUUCUUUCCUUCCGGACGCCAAUUUAAUUUAGUUUGAUUUAUUUUGUUAGUUUUAGUUCUGGAUGUAGCUCAAUUUUAGUAUAGUUUUGGUCUGUAUAGUUUAAUUUAGUUCAGUUUAAUUUGCUUAGUUUAGUUUAGUUUAGUUUAGUUUAGUUUAGUUUAGUUUAGUUUAGUUUAGUUUAGUUUAGCUUAGUUUAGCUUGGCUUGGCUUGGCUUGGCUUGGAUUGGCUUGGAUUGGCUUGGAUUGGCUUGGCUUGGCUUAGCUUAGCCUAGUUUAGUUUAGCUUAGUUUAGUUUAGUUUAGUUAAAUUUCAUUUAGUUUACCGAUUUAUAUAAGACAAAAUCUUCACAUAUAAAUGAAAAAAAGUCGAAAAGAAGAAGCCCUCUUAUCUCUAUUGACCGUUAAUCGCUUUGGUUAUGAAAAUAUUGCACUUUCAAAUAAUUAUGUUGAUAAAUACAGAGCAAAGUAACGUUGUGCUGAAGGGCCUGGACUUAAAUCAGGAGGGACCCCUCCCUGGUCCUGCCCACGUGACAAUUUAGCAGUAUUUCAGUGAAGCGUUUUGUUUCGUGCUAGACACGGUGGUUGGCUUUAAAUAUACGUAUUGAGACUUAUAGGUUAAAGGAAAUGUCACGAAAUGUAUCCAUUACAUGCUACUACGAAAAUUUAGCCUUUCCGACACAGUAUUUCCUUCUAGAUCGAUUUGAACAGCAUGUUCUUGUUAACGAGUCAAACGUCACCAAACGGCCAUGUCUGCUUACUGUAUGCAUAAUUAGAUAUGUUUACAUGGCAAAGGUUUUAGCAAACACGCCCUACCAUAACAUUCGAACGCUACUUUCAGAUAAACUGCCUAUUUUUUUCUUGAAUCCAAACCUGACACUCAGAGACGCGUGGCUUAGGGUCAAGACCCCCGUGUUUAUGCCUUGCGAUUGUUUGCAUAUCACCUCUUGAAAUAAAUAUUUGUUUCAGAUUGAGGGCGGUGUGAUUAUUAAGGAUUUUAUAAAAAAGUUAGAUUUGUGCUGGUCACGUCUUGCAUUAGCUUGCUUUUCAAGAGGGACAAUUAAGGUCCUCAGCAGAUUUGAUUUCAUAAUUGGCUCCGUAAUACUUUGCCACAGUUUCCCCGUAAGGAAGAGCAAUAGUCAAACAUUGGUCAAGGCUGAAUUAGAGUUCUGCAUAGUGUUUGCAAAGUAUUAUCAGGAACAAAUUUAUUUUAAUAUUCCUAUACCUGCCCCACCUGUUUUACAUAUCAUUUUAAAUAUGACUAUUCUAGCUCGAUUCUAGGACAUGUAAUCGAUUUAGCACAACGAAUUCGUUGAUUGUUGAUCUUGACAAGGUGAUCACAAUCUAACUUGCUCAGAUUAUGGGCAGACCAAAAAGCAUGACUUUAGUUUUUGUAGGAUGAAUUUGUAAUUUAUUUCUUUGUAACCAAUAUGUACUUAUAUUUUUUAAAAUCCCUAUUUAGAUUACCGGUAAGUUUAGUGAUAUCAUGGAAGGACGAGGAAAUUUCAGUAUCGUCUGCAUAAAAGCAAUACAGAUACAGAUAUUUCACAGCACACUCCCUAUAUCAGGGCUUUUCAGUGACUGGUUACAUUAUGAAUAGAUAGAUAGAACCGGACUGACGUGAAGCAGACCGAGGUAGACUUUGAGCUUACAAAUGGCGCUUGAGCAGCUGCCGCUAUUAGUCCAUACCUCAUUAAUGAUCUGCCUCCAGACCUAUGUGCCUAACCCACCCUGUCAACUUUCCCUGUGGGAGGAAACACGGAGUGCCCGGAGAAAACCCACGACUUUCGGCAGAGCGUUGACUUUUUACUCUUUUCACAUGAGGACUGGGUUCGAGUCACAUUGAGAAGUUCUCACUGAGAUUCGAACCUGCGACCUUAGAGGUGAAAGGCAAGUGCGCUAACCACUUGGCCACCGAAGCACUCGAUAUUUCCCUCUACACAACCCUUCUACAAAUCUUGAAUAUAUAAUUUUAGUGUAGAUAACAAGAACAUUGAACUUGAGAGAUUACAAGAUUUUAGGAGCAUGGAGUUGUGUUGGCCUACUGUAGUUAACUGGGACGACCUUGUUUAAGUAAAGCUGUUAUCACGCCUUGAAUAAACAUCCAAAAAGGCAUUUCAAGAAUGAAUUAGUCUAGUUAAAGUUCAUUCAAACAAUCGUUUAUGGUCAGGAAAAUUAGUCGUGACACGAUUCAUUUUCCCCAAUCUACUUGAAAAAUAUAGCAUAAUUAUAUUAUUUCAACGUUGUGAGUGACUGCCCUUUUUUUGUGAGUUAGUACGUGAGCUAGGGUAGGUUCUGUAAAUGUGGAAGUUCUUGGCGUACUUUUCAGGAAGUUAAUCAUAAAUUAUAUUGACUAUCAGACAUUUGACCUGAAGGAAAUUGUAAUUAUUUUUUUAAAGAUUAUAUUGAAUCAUUUGAAAACGAAGAAAUCACCAUCGUCACAGAGAUCAUUGAGGAGUAUUUACUCUAUUUGGAGGAUGACGAUUCCUUGGACGUGGUUAAGUAUAAUAUGAAACUGCUUGGACGAAAAUUUGAAAAUCUUGAAGAAGAUGCAAAAUAUAACGGUUGGAAUUCGCAGGUAACGAUCUAGAAUACCCUGUAAAUAAUAUAUGACAGUAAAUAUCAAUCAGGGGAAAGUAGUUACACAUUUUCAGAAGGGUCUCUAUGUAUGAAACAAGGCAACCUCAGCCUGUACCAGUGCUAAUAAUGUCAAUUGCCUUUCUCACCAUGACGAAUAUCCGCCAUUCUUGGUAGACGGGUCGGAAUAACGACAGACUACAAAAAAAUUGAUACAAAAUGUUUCUCAACGGUUUAUAGCACACAUUUUCAUGCUUAAAAACAUAUUAAAAAUCUAGUAGAUUCUAACGUGAGGAAAUGGUUAAUUUCUAAAAUUGUAUAAGAUAAACUUGAAAAAGCGCGAAAAAUAUUUAUAUGAAUAAUCCACAGUUUUUCUGCUAUUAAAUCCAAUUGCAAUAAAGUAAUUUAAUAUUUCGAAGCAUUUUUGAUAUCUUAUUUGGUGAAAAUACUCACUUCCUCUAACUAUUCGUCGUCAUCCUCAGACUCCUCUUCGUAAAACCUGUUUUCUGGAUUCUCACACUCGUUAACUUGGCAUUGUCUACAGGCGGCGUUACAAGAGAGUCCAUACUUCCUGCAUGAACAGCGCAAUGUCUUACAGCCAGAAGUAUAGUUACAAUGAAUGAUUUUCAAAAGACUGUCUGGAGCAGCACUCAUACUCGACAUUAAUGGGACGAAUUUAUUGUCCUUCAAACUCCAUCCCCAACACGUGGGAUCCAUACCAUCUUCCAUACCCAUCCAAACCAUGAUUUGAUAGUACGUUCUUCGGCAGUGAAGUUUGGUGGCAGAUUCAGUUGGAGGCAGACGCUCGGGGGUGACGAAUGAUAAAUAAUGGAGAACUUUUUUACUCAGGAUCUUACACCUCAAUGCAGCCAGAGAAUCGGUGCACUGUCCACCAAAGAUAACAGCCAUAACUUGGCACCCAAGUUCAUCUAUAACUUCUGUUGUUUGAUGUGGGACAGUAAAUGCAUUUGCACAAGAUUUGACAACAGGAUCUCCUUUCAUAAGCUUCUGAAAACACUCUUUUUCCCAACACUAAAGAUCCGAGACGUUGUGUCACAGCCAGUUAACGAGUGGAUGAAUAACAGCCAUCUUUUUUUGGCUUGUCCGAUUUGAAGUAAAGACCUUUGUCGUACGUUUUCCUGUGCAUAAUAAAGAAGUAAGACCAGAAGAUCAGUAUCUUCCCCAAUUAAUGUAGUGCUGUAUAAUAAAAAUGCAUCUACUGCUGAUGUCACAAUAUCAACGUCCACAUCUCCUGCUGUAUUAACAACGGUACAGCCCUUUUGUUCUGUUUUGAUGUGUGUUGUCUUUAAUUGUAGGUCUUUCUCCAUAACCAUCAAACACAACUGUCGCAUUCAAGCCAUAGUGCCGAAUAGUGAAGUCCGCAUACGACUGUGCUAUUUCACCGUAUAGCUAUUUCCGCGUUUCCAUGGUACUCGGUGGAUCAAUGAACCUCCAUCAAGGACGUAGUAUUCGGUUUUUGAUCCAGAAUCUGAGAUGGAAUCUUGUGCAUAAUCACAUAUUGCGUGAGCAAGUUGUGGUUUGUCAGCUUUUCGGAACACAUUUUUGGCUUCAAAAAGUGAUGAAGGGAAAGGACUGAGUUCGUAACCCAUAACGUCCUCCAGUGAUAGCUCUUCUGUUUUGGAAAUUACAAUAAAGCGUUGAAAAAGAAGUGCAGGAUCAAUUGAUCGGUCAGGAGCCACUUUAACACGCGAUUUUUCGCCCAGUGUUAUUGCUUUAUCCUUUCUGCUGAACGAGAUUGUAAAUGCUGGCACUCCAACCAUUUUCUUAAUAAUCGACUGACGAACAGAUUCAUAAUGGUGCACGUUCACACGUUCGUCUGCAACAAUACCAUUGGCAACGUUUCUUAACGAAGGAUCGGACGAAAAAAGUGAGCAUUCAGCAAGUUUGAAACCGAUAUUUUCCAUAUCUGCAGCGUCCCUUUUCAUUCUUGACUCUGUUAAAUCUUUGUGUUGAUGGGAGGUAGUAUAUGUUUGCUUUGUGAACUCCUGCAUUGCACAGUUGUAUGCCGAUGUUAUGGGGCUAGCCAUUGUCCACAGUGCUCGCUGCUCCUCGGACAUUCCGCUUCCGUGUGUCAAACCACCUGUGGUCUUUAAUGACCGCAUCAAUGUCUGCUCGAUGACAAGAUCGGGACUGAGACCAGCCCAGAAUUGGCUGCUGCGACGAAUUACGUGAAAACCGUUAUCAAAUUUUUGAAAUACUUCUGGGUGGUUUGUGUGUAACUGGCUCAUCUGCUGGACAUAAAAAUAUGCAGAUUUUAAGUAGUUAUAAUGUCCAGCUGCCGCAAAUACUGGAAGACAGCUCAAUACAGCGCAAAGGUGCAUUGACCAAGAACCUGUUCGAUCAGCAUUGAUUAAGCAUCUCGCAACUUUUAACAUGCUUUGGUAAUUGAUCCACAACUGACUAGUCUUGGACCUUGUACGCAACUCCAGCUUCUUUUUUUCCAACCGCUUGUUUAUUUCUCUAACUAAAUAUGAUGCCUGGACAGUUUCUAGUGUUUCUUUACCGUGCAAAAGAGAAAGAUACAUCUUCUCAGACUCUUCAAUCAUAGCUGAAAAUUCAGUAUCUUCCUUUAUUAUCUUUGCGACCACCAUGCGGUUAAUACAUUUAUCUACAAGAAGAUGAGCACGAAACGCUCUCUGAACAGAUUUACCUGUCAUCAUAUGAGCCAGGGUGUUUUCACCGUAAACGCUGCCUAGUAUGUCUUCAAGUCCUGUGCCUUUCAUUAGCGUACCUAUUGCCCUUAAGGGACCGGUCAUUAUUUAUGGCGGGGGGUGGCACCGAAGAGAAAUGUUUUUUGUGGCAAAAAUUUUGCUGACCCAACCAUUAAAAAGUAAAAAAUUUGAUUACCCAACCUAAAAUAUCAAUUAAAAAAUAAAUACCCACCCCUGGCCAACUUUACUAUACUAAUAAAUACCCACCCCCUGGCAAACUUUACAAAGGGUACCAUUCAGUUGUCACACUUGUCCUUUACCAUUUCUGUGACAUGGGUUUGAUAACAGCUUGUGAAAUUUUCUGCAGUCUAAAGUUUCAUGUUGUCUGCACAUGUUCUUUCUUUGGAGACACCAUUAUUUUGUUUUGUCAAAAUGAUCAAGAUAGUGACUCUGAUUGAUUCGCAUAUUGUAUUGACAUAAAUAACUGUUGACAUUGCUUUUCAUGAAUAAUGUCUCCCAAAUAUUUCAGUGAGUCAUGUUUUGGAAAUGACAAUACAUUUUUAUUGCCCAACCCUUGGGUUGUUUUGUUUUUCAUUUACCCAACCUUUGAUCUACUCAAAAUUUUGUUUACCCAACCUUUUUCUCUUCGGUGCCACCCCCCCGCCAUAAAUACUGACCGGUCCCUAAUAAAUUCAUGAAAGUAUGAAAACAACCUAGCAGCAAGACAAUGGAUUUUAGGUGACUUCCAGAUGGUGAAUCUUCAAUUAUCUCCGCUGCUUUCCAAUAUAAUGGCUGGUCGAAUGUGACAACAGGGGCAAGGUUGUGCUUUGAUGCAAGGUCGCAAAUGAAUUCCAGCGUUGAUAAAAUGCAUGUUUUAUCCCCAGAGUACAUGUCUAUCAUUGAAAGAUAUCUGAUCGAAGAUUGCCCUGGGUAUGUCUUUUCCUGGUAAAUAAUGUUCAUCAGCCCUUGCCAACCAGGCACAGCUUCUUUGAAAUUAAACGACAGUUCCCAUAGCAGAUCAACUGUCUUAUUGCAAUAUUCAAGAAUUGGAAGUGCAGCGAAUUUGAUACUUUCACAAGAAUGCUUUGCAAAGCGAUGCUCUAUUAUAGGAACUUUUACAUUUUCAGCCAUGCUGAGCUUCGGUGUUUUGUUUCUGGGAAUGCUAUGGACAUUUCUUUGACCAGGAGCCAAUGCCGCAAUCAUGCCCAUUCCAUGAAAUGUUCCUUUCCCGUCGAUUGUAAGUAUGUUGUGGUCAACGUUAUCCGCAGCAAAGAUCAAAGCCGUAUUCGAUACAUCAAGGUUGUUUCCAAGCAUAUUAGGUGUAGUACUGUAUAUUCUGCAGCGUUCUUUUCAAAUCUUUGAAUUUCGCUGUAGGAAGAUGAAUACCCCAUGUGGUAAAAGGUAUCUAUAAGAAACCUGGAGCGAUACAAGUGAUGUAGUUAUACUGCAAGACCAACUUGCAAAGGAGCAAGCACAACUCGUGGUCGGACAGCCUGUAUGAUUGCGUGUCCAAUACUAGCUACUUUUCGUUUGGAUUCCUUACCAACAAAUAACGAAUGUAACAUAACGCGAAGUGAUUCCGGGAUGUAGUCUAGAGCCGACUGAAGUUUCAGCAUCUCUGUAGUAGGGUAUUGAUCAUUUACAGCUGACACUGAGGAUUUGAUGUCACUUUUAAGUCUUGCAGCUGUUUCAAGCAAUGCUUUUUCUAUGAUUCUUCGUCCCCUUCAUUCUGCGCACUUUUGAAAUAUGACCUAAGGAUGUGUGAUGUUUUCUCUCUCAUUGUUACUAUAUCGUCUAAACCUUUACUCUCCGCGAUAACAAUACAAUUUUCAUAUCUUUCUUUAAGCUUACUUUUUAAAUAUUGAUUACCAUAUGGGAUAGAAUCAGGCUUUGACAAAUACUCUUUCAUUUUGCGACUAAGGUCUGCGUGAAAUAUUCAGCUGCUCUUCAUCAUUUGCCUCAAGAUACGAACACAUCUUUUCAAACGCUUGUUUUUGAUCUUCAUCUUUUGGUCUUCCCGACUUUCUUCGCUUUGGGUUUAGGUUUGUGUCAUCUUGAAAUUCCUUGGGAAUGUCCCGGCCACAUCGAAAAUGUGAACUGCAGACAUGGUGAUAGACACAGUCAGCUGCAUGUAAGUCACUUCUAUAGUACUCUAUUCUUACCCUGACUUUCAAUGACCAAUCAUCAGAACGAUUAUCGCAGCAUUGUAAUAUUGUCUGCGCAAAAUUAUCAGUUUUUACAGAACUAUAUACUGCAUUCCCUCUUUGAACAUUAAUGACACAAAAAAGACAAUCUUGUUUUGCUUUCAAAUGGACCUUCAGAGACCCUGGCACUUCUCUUAGUGGCACUACAUUCACCGCCCUGUUUCUUUUUUAAGUAAAGACCAAUCUCUAUGGAAUUUGUGUACUGCUUACGGCAGUUAGAAUGCACUUUGCAUCCUGUCGUGACUACAAAGUUGUCACCUCCUUGAACACUGGCAGCAUUAAUUCCAUCUGGACCCUUUUUGCGAAUACAUGUCACAUCUUCCCCAUCUUGUAACUCUUUUUGACAAAUACCGCAAAAUAGACCAGCGGAUGAAUUCAUUUACGCUUUGAAAGAAAAGUUAGAAAACACAAAGAAAUAGAUGCACAACGCUGAUUUGAUAGACCAAGAAACUGCAGAAAUGUGCAUGAGUGUUUUCAGAUUUUACCACUUUUCAGGAUCGAUCAGGAAGUAUCGUGGAGACUAGAAACGUUUAAUAAUAUAUUGAACAAUAAAUAAACCUACAAAUGUUGCAUUUCAAACGAUAUUUCAGAAAGUCCUAAAGUCGCUUUAAUGAUAUUCACAUUUAAUUAACUCUUUUACCAACGAAAAGAUAAAAAACUCCUUUAAUGUAAUAAUACUAAUCGGACAGGUAACUUAAAGUUUUCACUAUUCAUGCCCAAGGGGCUAAAAUCAGAAAAUUCUAGACUAAAAAGUUGUUGAAAAAUGACAAGCUCAUUACUGAUAAUUUAAAAUGUUUAAAUGAUACACAAAGAGGAAAAAAAACUGUAUUGUUUUCUUAAAGUAUCAUCUAAGUUGUAAAAAUUAAAAAUAAGACUGAAAAUUUCCGUAAAAUAUUAUUUUUUUACUGUAUUUCCUUACCUUUUCGCAUUGUUAAAACAAUAUGGCGUCUCGAAUAUCAUUAACAUAGUUCAAAUUCCUUAAAAUGGCAUGUAAAAUUCCUUAAUUUUCCCACAUUAGUUAAUUAGCAAUUAUUCGCCGAAGGCGAGGUGAUUAUCGGUGAAUAAAAACCGAGACGAAGUCGAGGUUUUUAUUCACGAUAAACACCGAGCCUGAGGUGAAUAAUUGUUUUAGUAUAAUUUCAUAGGUGAUUAUAUGGAAAAAAUAAAAAAAUACACAUUUCUUCGUCAUUUAAUUGACAAAAAGGCUUCGGCCGCUAUUUUGAAAAUCGCUUAGGUGAUUAUCGCGUAAUAAUCACCUCAACGGCAACCAAUCAGCGUGGAGAAUUUUCAAUAAUCACCUAUGUAAUUAUACUAACUACAUUUAAUAUCGGAUGUUAGCAGUGUUGUAACGAAUCGAGUCAUUGACUCGGACUCGAGUCGACUCGAGUUGCUAUUUUCAGCGACUCGACUCGAGUCCAAAACGAAAAAUGACUCGACUCGAGUCAACAGCCCCAAAUGACUCGACUCGGACUCGACUUGCUGAUUUUUCCGGAAAUGACUCGAGUCAACUCAGCUACAACUUGUAGAGAAUAAAUUCAUCAAAAAUAUUGUGAUUGUAUUGCUUUGGAAGAACAAUGAGCCCUGUGAACAAUGAGAACUUCGAAACUUUAUCAGAAAAUAUAUGGGAUUUGUAUAGAAUACAGUAUAUUCCUGACGGGCAUGCCUAUAUUACAUUUCUGUUUUUAGAAACAACGCUAGUGCCACAGUUUUAAAAUGGAGUCUCAAAAUUUUUUGUACUUAUGCUAAUUCUGACCGGCUAUCUUCAUUUUUGGUAUUUAUGAAGUGCUAUAUAAUUUCAAAUUAACUUACAAAGCAUGGUUAAUUAAAGUCUAUUCUUUGUUAAUUCUGACUCCAGUUGCAAGUUAUGCUAGUUUCAAACUGCAAGCUAAGGUAGCGAACCAUUACAAAAAGCGUGAGGUGGACCAUUCUUGUCCCCGGAGGCAGAGCCAUUUUCACUCGGUCACUCGUUGAAAAGUAGGCUGUGGGUUAGGCGACUAAAGCGAGAGAUCUGAUUGGCUUCUCAGAGAAAUCCUAUUUCGCAGAAGUUGAGCAGUUUUAGCUAGGAAAAAUUAUUCUAUCAACAUAUGUCAACGCAAAUACUUCGUUUCUUCGUAAUACUUCACUUUGAAAAUUGUUACGGGUGCUAAAGUGUCCCAAUUCAAGAGUAUGCGCUUUAGAAACUACUGCAAGUUUACUUGCACUUCUGGUUUCGUAUGUUCCACAACCUCGUACCCAGGGCUUCUGCGCUUAUCGCUAUCAGAAGCCCUGGGAUAAUCCAACUCAGAACGUGAUUUGAUUGGUCAAUGCGAAUUUUGGCAACAUGGCUGCUAUCACAAGGAGUGUAUACAAAAGUUAAAUGCUGGUUUUUGCAUGAAAAUACUUUCUUAAAUCAAAUUCUGGGCUAUUUUGAAAAGAGCAAAAGAAAAAAUGGACUAUUUGUAUUUGUAAAUAAGCAAGAAUGGCGAACAAAGUAAAAAUAUUAACAUAAAGCGAAACAUUUCUCGUUCGAAAAUUGAAAUUUCAAGUAUAAAUCUGCAACUUCAACCACGAUAUUCAAUGUAAAUAUUACAUAAUAAAGUUUUUAAUACCUUUUUUAUUAAUUACCUUUAUUUGAUAAAUUGUGUCUUCUAUAUUAUUGCAUUUUGUAUUGGAAUAGGAUAAAUUAUUAGUUAUACACAAAUUUUUAAAUUUACAAAUUAUUCCCAAUUUGAGGAUGCUGGGUGCACUGGCUCAGAGUUUGUAUUAGUGCCUAUUUAUUAUUGAGUUAUUAGUGCCUCUAAAUCUCUAAUGUACAAACAUUGUAAUCUGUUACUUAAUAACAUAAAGAAACUGUUGAUAGCACAUAUAUUAAAUGACUAUUAAUCAAAAUGAACUAAAUUUUCAACCAUUAUAUAGCAUAUUUCCCCCAAUAUUGAGGGAAUAAUUUCUCCUAUUUAUUUUUAUAAUAAGCCAAUAUUGCCCAACUGUGAAGUAAAUAUUGCCCGACUCGGCCGACUGGCCUAGUCUGCCCAACAUUCGGGCCCCGUCCUGUACACCUAUGGCCAGGCCUACAGGUGGACCCCCAACCUGAUCGGUCACAAUUUUUCUUUCUCCAAAAUUUCCCCUCCCCAUGUACAAGGAUUGACAAUUUGACAGUUUGAUUAGAUUUGAAAAAAAAAACACUGUUAUAUUGGGUCAUUCCAGAAAACACUCAUACCACUCCCACUGAGGAAAUUGAAAGUUAAUCCCUCCUACUCCUUUGGAUGUCCUAAUACAUUCACUAUUAUCAGAAACAAUUCCCCCCCCCUCCCCCUCUGAACGGCAGGAAUUUCCUAAGGCUCAAAUCAAUUCCAGUGGUGUAACCAGAGGGGGGUGGGGGGUCAAAAUAUUUUAAAUGUUCCGGACUUCUUUGUAAUUAAGUAGAGUUGAACAUGUGUUAACUGCAUGGUUAUUUCAAAUCACCAAAACACAUUAAAAUAGCCUCCCAAAAUGGCACUUUAUUAACUAGAAUUUAAAAAGUUUACAUUGUACUAUAUUAUACAUGGAUAGCUUGGGAGUCCAAAUAUAUUUUUACAUAAUAACAAACUUUAUUCAAACUAGUGCAGGCCCCUGGGGAUUUUGGUCCCCCUUGAAGGCCUUAAUUAGAAAUCCUGGCUACAUCACUGCUCAAUUCCAUUGCCAAUGAUGGUGUUAGCAUGAUUAGACAGAGUAGGUUAACAAACUAGUGUAAAUUAUGAGAUAAUCCAUACCAGUGAUCUAUCCCAACAUAUAAAAUCAUCUGGUGUUAGACCGUCAGAGUAGAAUAAAAAGUAGGAAAUGGCCAGAACUAAAUGAUAAACAAUAUUUUAUAAUAAACCCAAAUUAGUUCAGCAUCAUUGGUUCUUAUAACGUUGUUCAUUCCAAUACUAGAACAUCAGCAAUUAACAAAAUAUGGAGUUUCAUCCGAUGACAUGUAACCAUACUGUCAAUGCAGCUAUCUGACAGUUUUUAAUUUUCAACAUUCCCAAAGCCAUUAUUCUCAAGAUUUGCCAAAAAGGUUUUCCAAAUAAGUACAGAAUUAUAUAUUACAUCACUCAUCACUGUUCAUUUUACAUUCUUCAAGUAUAUGCAUGUUUACAGUACAGUAUGUCUUGUGUAUUUAUAAUUAAAUCUUGCAAUAUCUUGUUCAAAACCCUCAAAUCCAAGAUAAUCGGCAGCCAGCCAUAUUACCAGUAAGAUUUCUAGUCUGUUGAUUUUGAAAUGACCAAGGUUGUACUCGAGUAUAAAUAUUUAUACUUUAAUUAUUGAAUAGCCCCUGUAUAUCGCUGACAAGGUAUGCUUUUGUCCCGAUAUAAGAUGUUCUUUUGCUCGCCAAAGGGCUUAUUUUACGCGUAAUUGUAUCUCUAAAUUGAUCAUUCCUGAUUUUAAAUUCCAAAAGCCACGCGAGAAGCAGUUUAAGACGUCUUUACAAGUCCAAAAUCUAUCAUAAAUUGCAACAAAUAAUGCAUUCUCACUCCUUGCGUAAAAAUAUGCCCAGUCAGCGUUUUUAGCUGGAGCUACUGUUUACUUCCGCUUCCGGGGGCACCAAUGUUCUAUGGUGUUCCGGUUUGGAUUAUCCCAGGGCUUCUGAGAGCAAUAAACGCAGAAGCCCUGGGUACGAGGUUGUAUGUUCCAGGGCCUAGGGAGGACGCGCGCGGCCGAGAGGCCCUGGGGACAAGGAUGUGGGUGGACUUGAUCAAAUUCCCUGAUUCAAGUUAAGUCUAGCUAUUGACUCGACUCGACUUAAACCAAUGACUCGACUUGACUCGAGUGAAACUGCUGACUCGACUCUACUCGAGUGAAGCCACUGACUCGACUCGAUCAGAAACUGAAAUGACUCGACUCGACUCGUGACUCGACCUUUGAGUGACUCGACUCGACUCGUGACUUGACCUAUAGGUGACUCGUUACAACACUGUAUGUUAGGCAUACAAAAAUAACCCGAUUUUGCUAGAUUUUUUUAUAUUAUUGUACAUGCCUUGAAGUAUUAAAUAAAGUUGAGAGACCUUUUGUAUUAUUUUUUUGGAGUAAAGUGCUUUUGUUUUGUAUUCUGACCCGUCUAUGGGUGGCAUCUAAUUCUCGUUAACCAAUGCAGACAACUAAAACAAUGUGAAAAGCAUUUUUUUAAAAAUAAACUAACCAUUUACAAAGCAAAUUUGCCAUCAUUCGUCAAAAAAAUUAUAAAAAGUCGCUGUUAUGUGGACUUAUCUCGCAGACUUCGGCUGAAAUGCCAUCCAAAAAUGGCGGCGUGAGAAAGGCUAAUUGUAAUUAAUCAUUUCCAUUCGUAAUAUGUCAUUUCCGCAUGUCGUCGCUUUGGAGAACAGAAGACGCCAAGUCAAGGCUUCAUGCUAUGUUUUCUAUAGAAACAUUACAAAUUUUAACAAAUCUCCGUUCCCAGGCGAUUAAAGCUAUGCAACUGUAAUUCAGAAUUGGCCUAUUCAAUUCACAUUGCAAUCUGGUGGUUUAAUGCUGCUUUCCGAAGUCAUUACGAUUGCUUUGCCUGCAAUAGUUGGACGUACCUCUUUGAUAAUACGCUGUACGUUGACUAAAUGAUCUAAAUUUGUGGGUGGAAGGUGAAUUUUGAAUAUUGCGCACGGUUUUGAACAUAGGCGUACGGGGCUGAUGCUUUCCAUUGGGUGAGUUGAAAGUUUGCCCGAAAUUUUAUGGAGGAUUGUAACGAAAUCACCUGAAUUUAACCUAUUUUCUGAUAAAUCUGCCCGAAUUUUCUUGAUUUUUCUAACACUUACUCGAAUUUCCAUGUUUUUCCAAAAAAUGGGGGCAAGGCAGUCCCCCCCCCUGCUCCCUGUCUCGUACGCCUAUGGUUUUGCAGCUAGCAUGAGCUUUUUGUUUUCAAUUUGGUCACCGGUUACAUGACCAAGCACGCAUUUUAGGUCUUAUACUUCUGCGGGGUUACUGCAUGCAUGUAUUUUCCUUUUAUUAAAUAGAAAUCUAAUAUUUUGAGAAUGUAGCAAUUUGAUACCGUAAACCUCCGACUAUAAGCUGGGCUUAUAUACUUUCGUAAGCGAUUUUUGAUGGGCUUAUACAAGGGGGGGGGGGGCUUAUAUACGGGUGGGCUUAUACAUGGACGAUCGUUUGUGUUAGUAAUAAACAAGUCAGACAUAAACAAGUCAGUCAUAAACAGGGAAAUAAACGUGUAAUAAGCAGCGAUUACUACGCUUAUAUUAAUUGGGGGACUUAUAUUCGGGGGGCUUAUAUUCGGGUGGGCUUAUAUUCGGCGGGGGGGAGGGCUUAUAUUUAGAAUGAGUUGAGCGUUAGUACAUGUGGUGGGCUUAUACACGGGGGGGGGCUUAUAAUCGGGGGAGGGGCUUUAUAGUUGGAGGUUUACGGUAUGUAAUGUAUUUUAUAUUUGUGAUAUAAAAAGCAACAUUUGAACAAAAAAUGUUAUUAGCAAUACCUGAAGUUUUGGGUGGGUCUUGCCGGCGAGCAGGCUCUCAAGGUGAAAUGAGAGCCUGCACUGAUGAAAUACAUUUUGAAUAUCUGCCCCGCAACGUUCGUUUUUCCAAAUAUGGAAUGUCUAUCCUUAUAUGGUGUUGUUUACAACUUUCAUGCAAACUAAAUUUAGACCAUACAGUUUAUACUGUUUUUCAAAAUAUAAGAUAUUCAAGAUGGCCAAGACCAAUUUGGUCAAUUUAUGUGUUAUUUAUGCAUAGUGCUUCAGCAGUUGACAUAUUUAGAGCUCAGCGGAAACAUAUAAAUUAUAGCAUCUGACCAAUGAGAAUUUCGCGCCCCUUUUGGAGACGCAGAUAUUCAAAAUUGUAUUUCAUCAGUGCAGGCUCUAAUUUCACAUUGAGAGCUUGCUCGCAGGCUAGGGUGGGUCAUGUUAUUUCCAGCCAAAAUCUGGGGGUGGGUCAUCUGAUUUUUUGGCAGUAAAAGAGAGUGGAUCGCACAUUUUUAGGCUCCUACUUCUGUGAAUACUCCGGCCCGCCCAUCCCCCUAUACGUAUUGAUCGGUCCCUAAAUACAUGAAGAUUUUCCCAGCAUGAACUCCACCUUUGAAUUUACUAUAUGAGUAAAUUGUUAAACACGUCCGAAAUUAAUUAUCAAUACAAUAAAUUCGCGACAAAUGUUGAACCCUAACACCAACCCUAACAUAAUCUUAAUCUAAUCUAACCCAAAUCUAACCUUUAUCUGACCCUAAUCUAAACUUGAUGACUUUUUAAUUUUUUUUAAUAAUCUUCUAAAUGCAGAAUUUCACUUAAGCACAUUUUGGGCCCUUCUUUAUGGUGUCAACUUUUGCAUUUCACUAUAUCAUAUUUUGAGGAUCAUAUUCAUUUCAUUAAAAUAAUAACAUAGUUUUUGAAAAUCACCGGUUUAUUGGUUGAAAACACAACUUAUAUUUUGAAGACCAACUUUUGAUACCCAACCGCAAUCCAAUGUCUUUGUUAUUCGUUCGCUCAUAUCGCCGUGAUUUCCCGCUAUAAUCAUCUCGGUUUGAAACGCAGAGUUUGAAACGCGUAUUUAUCAAACAAUGGCGGAGUUGGGUGAAGUCAGGGCGACUUUUCUAAAGGUUGCUGACCAAAUGUCGGUAUUAGGAAGCAACAAACCUUCAUCAGGUAAAGUACUAAAGUAACAAAACGUUUUUUUUAUAUUCAGUGUUCUAUUUUCCUUGUCCAUUUUGUGAGGCUUAUGUAAAUUCAAGAAUAUAUAUGAAUUAUUCAUAUACUACACAUGACAUGUAUUAACAUUUAACUAGAAAAUACAUGCAUGCAGAAACCCUCGCCUUGCUGACAAAACCAUUGUAUUUUCCGAACAUGAAGUAUCUAAAGUAGUUGCCACGGUAGCACGAUAAUUUUUUAAGAAUAUUCUUACAAAUGAAAAAUCGCCUAAAAAGACACUUUUAGUUACAAAAUUAUCAAUUUCUCAACAUAUAUAUGUUAGGUAUGUUAUUAUACGUAAUAUAAGCUUCAAUUUAAGGUAAAAUUCAACCACAAACGCUUCGCAAAACGCCCUAAAGUGUUCUUUAUAAAACUAAACUGCCUUUAAUUAAAUAGCUUUAUCGAUAAACUUUGAGUUUGCAAUAAAAUGAUUCCAAAUUCUAGCAUGCAAAUAACUUUGCUUUCUUUUUUAUUUAGAAAAUUCAAUAUAAUAAUAAAGGGAAUCAAUAUUAAAGAUACACUGAAAUUAUACAUAUGCUGUCUUGUUUAGUUGUUUCAUAUACGCAAAGGCCGUCGGGUUUUAAAGCCAUUAUAAAAUCAAUAUUUAAAACAAACUUACCUUCGUUAACGUCGGCUCCCUUCUUUUGGCCGAUUCUUUCGCCCUUUCUUUCUGAGAAAACGUUUGAAAUUUACAAAAUCUUGCAAAAAUGCGAGCAAAAAUGAAAUAUAUUUGCAAGAAAUUUAUCAAUCAUCAAAUCAAGAAAUGUUUGCUAUUUCGCUGUCGUCAUGCAGUCGUUAUAAUGCAAACUUUAAAUUGGACCAAUCUGUGUCCGCUAUUCAUGACAGUCCACCAUAUUUUUGAGAUCAGUGAGGAUGAUCACCCGUCGUUGGUGACCCACGCCCGCGAUAAUUGAUGAACUUUAGACUUCGCUAAUGCUUUCGUUUCCCCGGGUGUAAAUAGCCGAGGGGAAUUAGUACCCUCGCACGGCGCUUCGCGCCGUCAGCUCGGGGAUUAUGGCUUGAUGUUGCGGCGGUUCGUAUUUGACUUUUGAUCAGGUUAGACUGCAGUAUACCAUUAAGGCCCGCUUACACCUUAAGGCCCGUUUACACGGGCGAUUUUUGCUGCGAUUUUAGUUGUGAUUUUCUCCUUUUGGAGGAUAUGAAAUAGUAGAUUACUUAAUAAUUUUGUUAUGAGAUUUCAUAACCAGUAACAUUUAUAACUCAUCAAAAUUUAAAUACGAGCCGUCAACACCAAGCCUUAAUUGAAUGUUAAUACAUGUCAUGUACACGUACAGUAUGUGAAUAAUUCAUAUUCUUGAAUUUACAUAAGCCUACAUGCAUGCACUAAAUGGAUCAGGAAAAUAGAACACUGAAUAUAAAAAAAGCGUUUAGUUACAGUACUUUAGUACUUUACCUGGCUGAUGAAGAUUUGUUGCUUCCUAAGGCCGAGAUUUGGUCAGCAAUAUUUAGAAGAGUCGCUCUGACCUGACUCAACUCCGCCAUAUUGUUAAUUUGAUAAACACGCGUUUCAAACUGAGAUGAUUUUAGGGGGAAAUCAAUGAGUCCACGAAUAACAAAGACAUUGGAUUGGGGUUGGGUAUCAAAAGUUGGUCUUCAAAAUAUAAGUUGUGUUUUCAACCAAUAAACCGGUGAUUCUCAAAAACAAUGUUAUUAUUUUAAUGAAAUGAAUAUGAACCUCAAAAUAUGAUAUAGUGAAAUGCUAAAGUUGAUUUUUGGCGGACAUGGGACACCAUACUUCUACGUUAUUUUGAGUUCGAACUAACACAAGUCUUUCUAUCACUGAAAAGAAACACAAGAACAAUGUUUUCUAAUACAAUAUAACUCAAGAAACGUUCACUCUUUUCUGUAUCGAUUAAUUUACAAUUCUCAUUCCCUCAGCAUAAAAUUCACUUGAUUGGUUGUCCGGCUUUUUUUCGUCAAUUUAAUUUGACCAUAAAUUGUUAAAUAUUUUUUAAAUAAUUUAAUUUUUUUUUUUUUUUAAACAUUUUUUAUAUCUAUUCUAGUAUUGCAUGUGGUGUGGGUUUUUUUAGAUAAUAUAUAGUAUUAUGGAUGUAAACUAUUUAUAUAUUAAUGCUGGUCAUCGGUUUAUACCAGCUGAUAUUUUGUUAGCUGAUCCGUUUUUACCAGUUUAAAUAAAGAAGUUAUUAUUAUUAUUAUUAUUAAAUUCUCAUCUAUUUAAACGGAUAAUUCCUUUUUUGUGUUGUGCACGUGGUUUCUUAAUUUUGUUCUAAAAAAUGUAUCUGUUACGCAUUUUUUUCGAUUACAACGCGUGUUAAAAUUAUUUUGUUUUAGAAUAAAUGCUGCGAGACCGGAAAUCUCCCGAGUUUCCAUACAUUUACAGAAACACGUCUCUCGACCAAUAAAUAAACUUAAAGUAAAUAGAAAAGAUACUUAACAACUGCAUGGUUACAGGCAUGAUAAGUUACAGGUACAUUCAUUAGUUCGUGAUUCAUAUAAUUAUUCGAUUAAUGCUUUGACCUUUUUUUGCAUUUCCAGUAACAAAUUUGCUUUGCCCACUCGUUGGGGUCCCAACAGCUUCGCGUCCGGGAUUGUUGAUGCCAUCCCUGGCCAAUGCGACAGAUUAGUUUCGUUACUCGAAAUUCGAAUAUAAAUCUUUAGAACAAUUUAUUUUACUAAAUUUCACAGAAAACGAAGAAUGUCUUUCAAGAAUACGAAAAAGAAUUGAAACGUAUAAACAAGCUCGUGAAGAAGGGACGGGCAGAGAAUCCUGAAAAUGAUAAAUAUAAUGAACUACAGCAUGACUAUGUGGAACUGGAAAAGAAGUGCCACCACACAAAAAGAUCUUGUACACUUAUAUGAAAUUAUAUUUUGUAAGUAUAUUUUAUUAAAGAAUCGAACAUUUUCCUAAUAUUAUCAGACUGUAUUUAUAGAUAGCGCUGAAACAUUAAUCUAUUCAACGGACAAUAAGAACGAAAAUAUAAUGUCAGGACUUUUCAUGUAUCUGAUACAUUUUCUUCCAAUGAAGAAGAUUGAGAACAAUUGUACAAUUAGUAGCGUUUGGACGUGCGCGUUUUCACCCUAGAAUGUCGAAGGUCUUUUAACCUUUUUCAAGUACUGUACUUCCAUGUCUAAUCCAACCUACUGUAUAAACCUACUUUGUAAUGGAAAAUUAGAAGAGAAAUAUUAUGUAUAGUUUUCUGAAUGUGUAUUUAUAGUGGUUGUGCAUUUUGUUCCAUCAUAGUUUUCUUAAUAUUAUGUUCUCUUAAGAUACAGCAGUGUUAAAUCUAGUUGUUUUCUCAAAUCUACCUAUAAAGAUGUAUAAAAUUAUGAUUGUGCACAUGCAUGCAAGUGGGCUAUAGAACUUUAUUAUACACUCACGUAAUCGUUGAGAGGGUCACGUGCCGAUCCAAUAUUUUACGAUAUUGGACAGGGACCUAUUGGACAGUUGCGAAUUGUGGCUUUUUUCAUGGUUUUUCAAUCCUUUUCAGAUGUUUUGUCAAUUUCAAACAUACGACAAACGAUAUGGCAGAAUAAUGAAAUGAAUUUGGGACAUUAAUACAGUUCUUUCUACCAGUUUUGUUUAAAAUUAUAAAAGCGUGGGAAAACUUGUCUUCGCGAAAUUUAUUUGUUUGCAACUGCCUAGAAGUUAGUAAUAUUAUUUUUUUUCGUUAAAAUUAGGUCAAAUUUCGUUUAAACAUACAUGGAAUUGAGUUUAUUUAUGCACACAUAUUUGUAAAAACAGGUUUAUUAACUUUUUUUUUAGUUAUUUAAGCAAAUUCGCCGCCGAUAUAGGCUAUGUAGUAAUGUUGUCGCUGUAUUAGUCUCGCUGUAUUUACUUUAUCGCUUACUGACAAUUUUUGUUAUAGAAUUGUUUUGUUCGAUAUAAUAAAACUCCUAUUGGAUUCAUCUUCGCCCAAUAUGGCAAAAAUUUAAGUCUCGACUUCAAUAUUAGGCUCGACCUUCGGUCUCGCCCAAUAAUGAAAUCUCGACUUAAUAUUUUGCCAUAUUGAGCUCAGAAGAAUCCAAUAAGAUAUAGUAUAUUACCAAGAAUAUUACCACCGCUCAAAUCUGUUGCCAGGAACAGUCGCGAUGAAUUUGAAACUUGGUAUAAUUAUAAUAAAUGGAAUUAUUCAUUUAUUUGAGAUGUGGGACGGUUUCUAAUCAUUCUCAGAUAUAUCCAUGAUUAUUCUUAUUCAGAGUGAAAGUUCUUUGAGAAUAUGAAUAAUCAAGGUACCGAAUUAAGGUCGCCACUCUGAUGGCAUCAUGGCCUAUGCCCCAUGAAAUUUGCCCGGGGAAGGGGGAGACUCUUCCGCCUCUUUUCAUUUGGAAGUACAGGUGGGAAGUACAUUUAAUUAACAAAUUUUAAUUGCACGUACAAAGUUUACUUAUCAACUAAAGUUGGCCACUUGGAUGCAUAAGAUUAUUAUUAUUAUUUUGUAUUAUUGUAUAUGUAGUCAGUGAUUAAACUCAUUAAAGUAGCCAGUUGUAAAUUACCUCACAUAAGUGAGAUUUGCAAUUGUAUAAAUAAACCAAAUAUCCAUUUAAUAAAUGUUUCAUUAUUGACGAACAAAUAUAAUACAUAAUACAUCAAAUACCUAAAAAAGAACAUUAUUGUUACUUGUACUCGCGCAUCUUGUUACAUGUUCUGUUGGUGAAACAAACACUGGACUUAUAGCCCAGAACUUUUAAAAAUUUGAUUAACAUUGAAAAUAUAAUGUUAGGCCUACUGACUGUAAAAGCAUUAUUUUUUGUUAAUGUAUAUUACCAAGCAUUAUUCAACUAGACAUCGAUAUACUAUUACCUUUAUAAGUGAUGUUUAUCAAUGUAAAUAUAGUUUAAGUUGACCUGCAUCUAAGGACGAAAGCGGACUUAUAGCCUCAUUAAUAUCAUUAUCGAUAAGCCUGGUUCACAUAUGCCUGCGACUGUAUCAUUAUGCCUCUAUACUUGCCGCCGAAAUACCGGCAAAGUUGAACUCAAGUCAACUUUCCCGGCCUACCGCCGAUGUAACUGUGGCACUGGAGGCAAUCGGCGAACAAAUAUUCACAUAAUUCACGUUUUAAGCUACCACCGGCAUCGUCGCCGGUACGUCGCAGGCACGUCGCAGGCAUAUAUGUGAACCAGGCUAUACGUAAGCAUAAGCAAAAUCGCUGACUCCUAUACUGGUUGCCGCUUUUGAAUUUGCAUACAUGCUUAGGCAAAGUACUUGGUUGUUAUUUGUUGUGACUGAACCGGUCUAUAAAAUCCUGAAUAAAUUGAUGUCGAUACAUGCAUGUCUUUUGUGCAUCAUGUUAAAGCGGGUCUUUCAAACUUAUAGCUCGAUCGAUCGUAGUUAUACUCGCAUACCCAAAUAUUUGUUGUGGCAAGAUUGGAAGAGAAUGAUGGGUUCCCCAAGACUGAAUGACUUCGCCGGUGUAUACAGUUUAUUAGUUGAUGUUUUGCAGACCUCGAUCGAUCAGUAAUCAUGUCUCAAGGGAAUUCAUACAUAUCGUAAAUCCGCAAUAUUCUUUACAUGAAUAGGGCAAUGUGUACAAUGAAGUGUAAAUAUUUCAUCCAUCAAAAUCAUCGCCGGCAUUUAAUAAUUGCUUUACUGGCUAUAACACUGCCAUUAUAUUGCAUGGUUAGUAUAGUAUACUAAUAACUUACUGCGGACGUCGCACAAUAAACAACGAAGUGUCGAAGUGAUUAAUCAGUUCUGUUUGGUUGCAAAAGCUUGCACUCAAUUUACCGUUAUGCAUGUAUAGUGACGCUCAUACGACUAUGAUAGGCUACCGAUGUAGGUAUAUAACUCUUCAAUACAUGCAUGUAAAGUUGUAUUUCUCCAUGCAUAACAAUUAGUGAAACCCACCUAUAAUAAGUAAUAACAGAUUACGAAUUUGAAUGCAUAAACGGGCAUGCCGUACCGAACAGUGCAUGGCAAAACACUAUACUGUUUCAAGUUAUCGUAUAUUUACUAUAGUUUGUUAUAAUCCGGCUAUAUACUCGCUUUCUGUGCACCUAUAAUACCGGCCCGGGAAUGGAAUUUGCAGAGGCAAGCAAUAAUUUGAUUUUCGUCCACAUCAAUAUAUCAUAACAAAUAAUCUGCAAACUGCAUAAAUUGCUUUAUAGGUCACUUUAGGUCGCAUUAGCAUAUAUUCACUAACAUAACCAGUCAGAUUCUGGAUUUUGACGAAAGAACAUUGCAUAAAUGAAUAUAAGUCCGCUUUCGUUCUUAGAUGCAGGUCAACUAUUAUGGUGUAUAUAAAAUAAACGAAGUUUCCAU